UUAUUUAUUACUGCAGUGGAAAUUCUUACGUGUCCAUCCUCCAGUUCUAUCCAGAUUGGUUCAACUACCACAACCUUUCAAUUUGGUGAUGGGAGCACACCUUAUGAUACAGUCUUAUCAUGUACAUGGACAUUCGUAGCAUCUGAUUCGUCCGCAAGUCUCGUCAUUGGGCAAAAAUUAAAGUGCGGGGAUGGCGACAUACUAGGAAUAACCAACGUGAAUUCAGGUGCGGCCAGACAAGUUACUUGCUGCUCUGACUGCACAAAAGCACCCGAAAUCACAGGAAGUACAGCAAGGAUCACCUUCACUUCAGACUCGACUCAAAGAGCCGAGGACAUAGGAUUCUCUCUUGAAAUAUUUGCUGGGAUAGAUGAAUCGGGUUGUACAAGUAGUAACACAACUUUCAAUAUUCCGAUUUCUUCUCCGUAUGUCAUCACUUCACCUAAUUUUCCAGAACAUUAUCCAAUCAACAUUGAAUGCAAUUAUACGUUUACACCAGUUCCUCCGAGCCUAGGACUUGUCAUCUCCUUCCAGUUUAUCAACCUUGAUUACGAUGGAGACUGUUUUGACAAGAUCAUCCUAAGAGAAGGUGACAUGAAUGGGAACCAAAUUGCUAAAAUAUGUCGGGGCUACAAACAAAGUACUGCUGUUAUAUCUCCGAAUGAGACGUAUGGGACCUCGGCAGCAUUGUUUCUGCAUUUUUAUUCUGACAAUAUUGAGCAAGCACGUGGGUUUAGAGCUAUUGUCAAACGAGAUUCGACGUCAGGAAACACCGAGGCUACAACAACAGUGGUCACCGAGUCAACAACAAGGGAAAGUAUCAUACAAUCAACUACUGUAUCAACAACAACAGAAAGUACCACUCAGUCAACAACGUUAGUAUCAGCUACUGCUACAACAACCAGUGUAUUAACAACAUCCCAGGGAGCUACAGCAGAGAACACUUCGCCAACAACAGCCUUAGAAUCAACUACCACGAAGACAACACCAACAUCUACUCCUACGUCUCAAG